AUGAAUCCAACCAUCUCAUCCCACAACACAACACCAGUGAAUGAAACUGGCCAGCCCAAGAAUCAAAAUUGCAGUCCAAUCCUGAGCCUGCAGUUCCUGGCCCUCCUCAUUUCCAUGGUUGGCUUGGCAGGAAACGUUACUGUGCUCUGGCUCCUGGGAUUCCGCCUACGCAGGAAAGCCAUCUCGGUCUACAUCCUCAAUCUGGCUUUGGCAGACGCCUUCUUCCUCUGCUGCAACCUUACGGACUCCCUGCUAAGGGUCAUUGACUUCUUUGGCAUCUAUGCUCAUAAAUUAAGCAAAGAAAUCUUAGGCAACUUAGCAAUCAUUCCCUACAUCUCAGGCCUGAGCGUGCUCAGUGCCAUUAGCACAGAGCGCUGCCUGUCUGUACUGUGGCCGAUCUGGUACUACUGCCACCGCCCAAAAAACAUGUCGGCUAUCAUAUGCACCUUGAUCUGGGCCCUGUCUCUUCUGAUGAGCAUCUUUGAGUGGUACUUCUCAGGAUUCCUGAGUGAGGUUCACCGUCAUUUGUGGAAAAAUCUUGACUUGAUUGUAACUUCAUUUCUGAUUUUUUUAUUUGUGCUUCUCAUUGGGUCCAGCCUGGCCCUGUUGGUCAAGGUCUUCUGUGGCUCACAGCGGAGGCCACUGACCAGGCUGUAUGUCACAGUCACACUCACAGUGACGGUCUUCCUCAUCUGUGGCCUGCCUCUUGGCAUUUACCUGUUCCUAUUAUACUGGCUUGAAGUCCAUUUGCAGCAUCCAUUUUGUCAUAUUUACCGUAUUACUAGUAUCCUGUCCUGUGUGAAUAGCUGUGCCAACCCCAUCAUUUACUUCUUUGUUGGCUCUUUUAGGCAGCAUAGGCAGCAUCGGUCCCUCAAAAGGGUUCUUCAGAGGGCUCUGGAAGACACUCCUGAGGAGGAGGAAUGUACAGACAGCCCACAGAAAACCUUGAGAUGUCAGAAAGCAGAGAAUGAAUAA